UUGAGCCGGGUUCACCAUUGUUCCCGACCAAAGACGGAGUAUCCUGCUCUCGAGGACUUGCCAUUUCUGAUGCUGAGUUCUGGUGGAUGUCAUGCUUCGUUUGUUGGAUAGUUGCUUUCUCCGAUGCUGAGGCACGAUGAUGUCGAACCUCCUGUUCUGUGUUGUGAUGAUGUCUCUGAUUCAACUUGGAGCUGUCGAGCAGACUCACCAGUCGCAACUACUCGCAGUGACCAAGAGGCCAGUCCUGUAUGUAUCCACGCUUGAUGGCACCCUCUACUGUAUUUUUCAAGACACUGGCGAAAUUAAAUGGAAGCUAGAAGACGACCCAGUGUUAAAUGUGACCAGUGCACGUGACAAGUCACAAGGGUUCUACUUUUUACCGGACCCGACCGAUGGCAGCUUGUACAACUUGCGCGGUAACAGCGAUACUCUGGAGAAAAUGCCAUUCAGCAUACCCGAGUUAGUUCAGGCUUCGCCAUGCCAAAGCCAAGACAGUACAUUGUAUAUUGGACGUAAGUCGGAUGUGUGGAAUGCCAUUGAUCUCGAGUCUGGACAGCACUAUCAAACACUGACCGCCAGCGGGCGAGAUGCUAAAUGCCCGAUGACCUCUGAACAGUCCCUUGUCUAUCUCGGACGCAGCGAAUACAAGAUAUCAGUAUAUGAUAGCCAGACCAGGGAGCAAAAAUGGAAUGCUACGUAUAUGGACUAUUCAACAGGACGUCCUGUUCCUGAGCAGCCAGAGUUUGUUCCGCUUGUUGCCAGCUCAGACGGCUCAUUUGCUGUUGUGGACCUUGCUGCUGGCCGCACGCUCUGGAGUAAGGAGCUUUCCUCGCCCGUCAUGUCUGUAUACGUGUGGUCAUCACAAGAGGGCUUGCGGCCCAUGCCACAUCGCCGAGUAUCCAAGGAAAUGUUCAUAGCGGCCGUCGAGUCCAAGAGCAAUCACUUUGAGGAGUCUGCCCUGACGCGCCCCGACUUGUCGCAAGUGCUGUUUGUAGGAAGUCAGAAUGGCAGCAUGUACGCCUAUAUAGCCUGGGCGCAGGAGCAGCAACUCAGGCAGCCAUCCUUGCCUCUCAUUCCAGCACUGUCGGCGAGCGAUUCCGCCGACGUGAAGGGUCACCUGAUGAGCACGGGCAGUGGCGGUGGCAGCAGCGGCAGCACUAGCGGUGCUAGUCCAGCCGCCGGCGGUACAGGCAGCAGCAAAGCCAACUCACUGGACAUGCACCGGUACGUGCCACUGCCGCGCGUCUCCCCGCUGCACUCGCUACGCCAGAAGCUGGACAAGACCAUGACGUUCAACCUGCCUGCCAUCGACCAUGGCUGGCCGAGCAAACACCCCUCACAGCAGCAGCAGCACAAUGCCUUCCAGCCCCAGCCGCCGUCACCACCGCCGCCGCAAUCGAAUACACCGCCAACGCCAGACUACCGCACCGGUGGGCCAGCCAUGGCUGCUGCGGAACACACUGAGGACUCGUGGACGCUUCUACUGAAGACGUUUGUUACGAUUGUCAUUGCCACUGGGGUUCUCGCUCUGUCGGUGAUCAUGAAGGGACUCCGAGAUUUAAAGUCAGUGCUGCAAUUGCAGAACGCCCAGCAGCAGCUGCAACAGCAGUACUCACCCCAGACACCACCCAAAAUGUCGCCUGUACGCGGUCCAAUCCAUGCUAAUGGCAGCUACAGCAAUGUCGGUAAUCACGAGCUGAGCGACUCACAGGGUAGCAACUACUCUACGGACAGUAGGAGCAGCGCCAAGCUUGCCAACUGUGCUGCUGCUGCUGCUGGUGAUACGGGAGGGGAGAAUGAUUCCGUGCACUCUGUGCAGAUCAUUGGCAAGAUCUCAUUCCGUGCAGUUGACCUGAUCGGCCGUGGCAGUGAAGGAACCAGAGUGUUCAGGGGGAAAUUUGAGAACCGUGAGGUUGCGGUGAAGCGUGUCUUACGUGAAAGCUAUCAACUUGUGACCAAGGAGGUUGAACUCCUGCGCGAUGGCCAUGCAGAUGACCAUGUCAACGUGAUUCGUUACUACUGCACUGAAGCCAACGACACCUUCUUCUUUCUGGCCCUGGAGCUUUGCCAGGCGUCUCUGAAGGAGUAUGUGGACAGGUACAAGGAGUACAGCAAGCAGAUCUCGCAGCGCGACGUCAUGAAGCAAAUGCUGACGGGACUCUCAUACCUGCACAGCUUGGGCAUUGUUCAUCGAGACAUCAAGCCGCAGAAUGUGCUGAUAUCGUACCCGAAACACAACGGCCAGGUGCGCACACUGCUCUCCGACUUUGGCCUGUGCAAGAAGCUGGCGGACGGCCGCUCGUCGUUCACUGCUCGGUCCGGUGUGACCGGCACGGAGGGUUGGAUAGCGCCGGAGCUCAUGUCCGGCCUCACCGAGUCUGCGACCUGCUCGGUGGACAUCUUCUCAUCCGGCUGCCUCAUCUACUACGUUUUGAGCAAAGGACAGCAUCCGUUUGGGCCAGCACUUGAGCGUCAAAUGAAUAUCAGCACGGAGAAAGCACCCGACUUCUCUGCACUGGAGAGCUGCUUGUCGUGCGAUGAUCUGGUGUUGGCUCGCGACCUGGUAUCAAGAAUGAUCAGCCGCUACCCUGGUGUCAGACCACCAGCCAAGGAAGCCCUGUUGCACCCCGUCUUCUGGUCCAGGCGCCGGCAGAUGCAGUUUAUUCAGGAGGUAAGCGAUCGCAUUGAGAAGGAGCUGGCAACGUCUCCCAUUGUGCAACAGCUGGAGCAGAACGCCGUCAAGGUGGUGAGCGACGACUGGCGGCAGCAGCUCGGUGAAGAGUUCAGAGAAGAGUUGACACGCCAUCGCUCCUACCAGGGUGGCUCCGUGCGCAACCUAAUCCGCUUCAUUCGUAACAAGAAGCACCACUACCACGAGCUGAACGAGUUGCUACGCGAGAAACUGGGUGCGAUGCCGGAGGGUUUCAUCGCUUACUUCACCAACCUCUUCCCACAGCUGCUGCUGCACACCUACAAGGCGGUGGCCAUUGUGAAGGACGAGCACGUCUUCCACGACUACUACCAUCCGAGCAAUAGCUGAGCUGGCCGCAAGUCGCGCUCGCUGCCCGUUUGGAUGGGUGUGUGUUCUCUCGUCUACUCCUCUGCUGUCCUGUGUCUGGGUUUGAGUCGCUUCUGUUGAGUAAUUUACCUUCUCCUCAGUGCUCGAUGUGCCGCAGCAGGCUGGUUUCCUGUUCUGGCCUUACUAGUAUCCGACCGACGUCCUUGACCUGUCCAGCCUAUCGGUUUAAGGCUAGCAGCUGUGUUACGUCCUCGCUGCUACUGCGCAAUGCGUUGGAAUCCAGUCUCUCGCUCAGUUCCGUGUCACUAAGAGCUUACCCGUCGCCAUGGUUACAUGUCCUCGCGUACGUAGCGUGACCACUGGCAGGAUAAUAGUGAUGUUUGUCUAACACGUCAGCUGUGGACACGGUUAUAUUACUUCGCCUCGUGGUGAAUUAUCGGUGUCGUUGAGAAUAAUCUUUGCUCGCUGUCCCCUCUGUGGAAGGCCACGCUCGCCGUGGCACGCCCUUUCUCUUGCCAUUGCUGUGUGACCAUGGCGAGGCUGUGCGUCCGCUUGGUUUGUGCCGACCUUGCUGUACUAUACGACUAGCAGCUGUGUUAGAGCUGCGCUAGAGCAGCAGCACAAGCGUGUCCCAAAGCAGGGCCGUGCCUCUGCUUGGUUUGUGUCGACCUUGCUCUACUACUCGGCUAGCAGCUGAUUCGAGCUAUGCUAGAGCACCAGCACAUGCGUGUCCCAAAGCAGGGCUGUGCCUCCUCCGGUUGGUAUGUGUCGAUCUUGCUCUACUACUCGGCUAGCAGCUGUGUUAGGGCUUCGCUAGAGCACGAGCACAUGAUAUGCAUGUCCCAAACCACAGCUGCAUGCACCGUACACAGCUUGCUUCUGUGCGGUGUUGUCAUCACAGAGCAUGGUGGACAUGCCUCCUGAACAGAGCAUGGUGGACAUGCCUCCUGAACAGAGCAUGGUGGACAUGCUUCCUGAGCAGAUCCUGGUGGCGCUCCGACUCUAUGUGAUGGUGAUGCUGCAGCUUUGUGGAUGCCUGGGCCAGCUGUUACAAGGACAUGGCACACCUGAAUCAUCCUUGCUCCUAUCAUGUGACGGUAUUGUAUGUGAUGGCGAUGUUGCAAGUAUGGAUGCCUGGCCUGACUGUGGCAGGACACCGCGCAUCUGAACCGUCUUUGCACCUGGCCCACUCCCGCUAUCUCAGAGCUGUGCGCCACGAUUGCAGAAGAGGGGAUGUCAGUGGCAGCGGUGCAGCGAUUCUUUCCGCCGAGGUACUCAUGCCGCCGUUCUUGUUGCUGGCGGCCCAUCGCCCAUACCGUUUCUGUUGCCUGCUAUCAGCUAUCUGCGCUGACAGUCGUCUUUCACUCGUCUUGUGCUUACUGUAGCGGCAAAGCUGCACUUGAGAUGUCUUGUUAUAGGUACGCACGUACACACAUGUACGCACACACGAACACACUUUUAAUAAUAUUAUAUACAUAUAUCUUGUAUAUAUACACACACACCCACUCUAGUGUGGGCUUGAUGUGGCACUAUGUCUCGUCCGUUUGUUUUAUUCUCCUGGCAUGAUUAUGAUGGCUUACACAAUCAUGUAGUUUAGUGGGUUGCCCGACAACAUUAUCUUUGGGCAUGCUGACGUUUACUUUUUCUUUCUCGCAUGAUACUGUAGCCCAUGUGUACGCAUGCAGCCUGCUCUCGCCACCCGCCUAGCUAGGGCUGGCUGACUAUGUACAGUAGUAGCCCGAGGACCGCCCGAAUCACGCUGCGUACGACAGCGCUCGCAUGUCGGCGAGAAUUUGCCGAGCGACCAGCACAGUGCGGCUUUCGCUCCGGAGUGGACGGUCAACUCCUCGCCAAGUGCACUGGCACACGCCACGCAGGAGUGUGUACGCAGCAGCUCUGUGUCGUAUUGCCGUCUCGCCCGGCAGUGGCAACUCUGACUCGCCGGGGGUGUUGCACCCGUGCACGCGCACACUGUAGCUGCGCUGCGACAGACGAUAGCGUCCAUCUGCCACAGCUCAGCGACUUAUCCUCCGGAAAGCUAUAUGCUGAGACCUGGCCCAGUCACGUGAGUGUGGUUACUCUUCUCCAUGUAUGCGUGUACGCCACGCGACUGGUAUUGCUCAACUAUAGGUGCCUUAUAUAAUAAGGAACUGACUCCAUUGGCCCAUGGUGUACUGGCUACUCUAUGCCCAUCGACCACACUGGGACAGUGACUGUGAUUGGUCAGCAGGUUUCCAUUGCUGACGGUUUACGCCACGCUAUCCGUGCCGCUAUAUCUAUUUUGAGUACUCAUCGAGCUUUCGCUUACAAUCCGGUCGUUUAUUUUGGGCGUCUCAGCCGUGCACGGUUUCAGCCAAUGACCAUUAUUUUUUUAACUUUACUUGAAAUCAGGCAAUCGACAUGUCGGUGCUUGUUUUACGCAUUAUUUUGGUCUAAUCCGACUCGGCGCUCAAGAACGUGUUGGUCUUCUUACUUUAAAUUGGAUUUCCAUUCAGGUGUUCUGGCUGAAUUCUUACGUCGGCAGUUAUCUCAAUUGUUGUUAUGUUACCGUUACGUUACAUGAUGGUUCCACGAUGAUUUUCUGACAGGUUCUGAGGCACUGAUGAUGGGCUGAUGGUUA